UCCGGUCCCUGGGGGCUCUGAGAGACCCUGCAGGGAGUGACAGUGUGGCGACCGGCUCCGGGAGCUGGGCGUUUGCAGCUCAGGACUGCCGAAACCUGGUACCCCAAGAGAAGCGGGACCUUUGCUGGCGCUCUCCUUCCAGUCAGACCGAGCUGCCUACUGAGGGACGCUUGCUUGGAACCGGCCAUCAGUGCCAGGUGAAUAUCUCAGAAAAUAUGGCCCAUGUGAGGGACUAUAAAUGGACUCAUUUCCUUUCCUUUCUGGUGGUAUCUCUGAUGUACCCAGCCAGUGCUGAGUAUUCAAACUGUGGAGAGAAUGAGUAUUACAACCAGACCACAGGGAUGUGCCAUGAUUGCCCCCAGUGUGAGCCUGGAGAAGAACCAUAUAUGACCUGUGGCUAUGGCACCAAAGACGAUGACUAUGGCUGUGUCCCCUGCCCCUCAGAAAAGUUCUCCAAAGGAGGCUACCAGAUAUGCAGGCGUCACAGGGACUGUGAAGGCUUCUUUCGAGCCACUGUCUUGACUCCGGGUGACAUGGAGAAUGAUGCAGAAUGUGGGCCCUGUCUCCCUGGUUACUACAUGCUGGAAAACAGACCAAGGAAUAUCUAUGGAAUGGUUUGCUACUCCUGCUUACUUGCACCUCCAAACACCAAAGAAUGUGUGGGAGCCACCUCUGGAGUUUCUGCCAGUCUCCCAGGUACCUCUGGCGCCAGCACCAGCUCUCCUUUCCAGCAUGCACAUAAAGCAGAUCUCUCAGGACAAGGGCAUCUGGCCACUGCCCUGAUUAUUGCUAUGUCCACCAUCUUCAUCAUGGCUAUUGCCAUCGUCCUCAUCAUCAUGUUUUACAUCAUGAAGACAAAGCCUUCUGCCCAAGCCUGCUGCACCAGUCAUUCCGUGAAGACUGUGGAAGCUCAAGUCAGCAAACAAGAAGAGAAAAAAGAAGUUCAAGAAAACGUCGUGAUUUUUGCCGAGAAGGAUGAGUUUGAGAAGCUGACAGCCACGCCAGCAAAGACUGCCAAGAGUGAGAAUGAUGCCUCUUCUGAGAAUGAACAGCUCCUGAGUCGGAGUAUGGACAGUGAUGAAGAAGCCGCAGUUGACAAGCAAGGGUCCCCAGAGCUGUGCUUGUUAUCAUUAGUCCAUUUGACAAGGGAUAAAUCUUCCACAAACAACAAAUCAACUGGGAUUCAGAGUAGAAGAAAGAAGAUCCUUGACGUGUAUGCCAACGUGUGUGGGGUGGCAGAAGGUCUCAGCCCCACGGAAUUACCAUUUGACUGCCUAGAGAAGACAAGCAGGAUGCUCAGCUCCACCUACAACACAGAGAAAGCCAUCGUGAAAACAUGGCGCCACCUUGCUGAAAGCUUUGGAUUGAAGAGGGACGAGAUAGGGGGGAUGACAGAUGGCAUGCAGCUCUUUGACCGGAUCAGCACAGCAGGCUACAGCAUCCCAGAGCUGCUCACAAAACUUGUACAGAUUGAGCGACUGGAUGCUGUCGAGUCUCUGUGCGCCGACAUUUUGGAGUGGGCUCAAGUCAUGCCGACACCUCAGCCUCCUGUCACAACCUGACGAGCAUCAUUAGGAACUGCCUCCCUUUUUGUUGGGAUGUGACUUCACUUCCUUCACCUGAGAACAUUGCAAGGGUGAUUGAGCCGGGAAACUUGGAACCAGCAAUGGUACCUACUCACAGGCUUCCUAAAAAUUAAGGGUUUUCUCACAUGUCACUAGGUCAUAUCUUAGGCUGUUCUGAGGACCAAGGAGAAGCCAAAGACAAAGCUAGUGAUGUACCGGCUGGGGAAUACUAAGCCAAACACCGUACCUCAUGAGGAUGAAUGGACAAACACAUUCAUUCAACAACCAUUAUUACUUAGCACCUACUAUGUUUUUUAUAGCACUGUGCUGGGCACUAAGGGAAGAUGCAAAGAUGUACAAAAUAUGGUCUCUGCUCUCAAAGAGCUUACAAUCUAAUUGAGGAGAUGAAAUAUACACAAUGGCAACACCAAGUGGUUCAGUAUUCAUGCUGUUGGAGUUGAGAAAAGGAAGAGAGUGCUUCUGACAGGUAAUCAAGGAAGGCUUCAUUGCAGAGGUGCUCUUUAUGGGAAGUUUUGCCAAAUGAUCUUAAUGAACACAUACUUCUCUCUAUGCAUCUUUUCAUUUCCUAGCAUCAGUUCAGAUUGGUCUAUUAAUAUCCUAUCUGACUUUGCAAGGAAGCAGUUUAAUUACCUUUGAGUCUGUGCAUAUUUGCAGAUUAAUCACUUUGUCAAAUUCAGGCAUCAAAAGUGACCUAGUCUAUGCCCCUUGGUGGUCAAUAUGAAAACUCAGGGCCAGAGAGGUUAAGAAUCUACAAGGUGACAUAGCUAGUUAAGAGUCCAAGCAAGGUCUUAAAUUGCAGGCACCAGAUACUCAGUCCAGGGCUCUUUCCUUUCCUUCAUUUAUUUAUUUAUUUUUUAAAGACUGGGUGUCCUCAUCUUGCCCAGGAUGGAAAUACAGGGGUGACCCACAGGCCUGAUCCCACUCCUGAUCAGCAGGGGAGCUUUGACCUGCUCCAUUUACAACCUGCUCCGGUUUGCCCCUCAAUAGGGAACUUGGUGGCCCUCUGCUUCUUGGGGCUCCCCCAGUUGAUGGUGUACACUCAAUUGGCUCAGCCCCACUGUCCCUUGGAACUCCCCAGCCUCAGCAUGUGACUCCAUGCCCAUCUCUUUCCAGCUGAAUUUUACUUUGGGUAGAAAAAUGCCCAAGAAGAACCUGUAAGCAGCUGGUAUCACUCUUUAAAGGAGGAGAAAUGAUAGCUUACUGAUUAAGGGUUUUGUCAGGCACAAAGACCAUCUAAUAUUUCAUGGAGGAACAUCACAUUAAGAGAGCUUCAUCCUCCAAUAUUCCUUCUCUGUAGAACCAGUCAGGAAAGGGCAACAUUGAAAUUCAUUGGAAGGUAGCCAGUUCAAGAAUCGAAUCGGGAACCUAGAAACCUACAUCAUGGCUUUAGCUACCCCUCUCCAUAUCUAGUUAUGGAGUUACUUCACCUCUCUGGGCCUCAGUUUCCCCAUCUAUAAUAGGGUUGUGCUCACUGAUUUCUAAGAUUGCUUCUGGCCCUGGAAUUCCAUGAUUCUAUCAUCAACAAAAUUGAAACUCAUCAGAGCCCAAUGAAGAUGGAGAUUUAGGAAAACAACAGUGUUGAAAAAAGCAGCACAUGGAAACCAUAUGGAUUUGAAAUGCAAAAUAGGAACUAAGGCCAUAAAGACUUAGUUUUGAAGUUUUCCACGGCAACUGUCUGCCAUAACAUUUAGAGAUAAAGUUAGCAAAGUGACAUUGUUUUUGGCAGAGUGGUUUUUCCAAACCUAUAAUUGCAAAGAGAGCAGCAGCCAGCCCCAGUUAUCACCCCAGUGGGUUAAUUUACAAUUCAUUGCUGAGAUGCUGUAAUGACAGGUUUCACUAGAGCUAUUCCUAAAUUAAAACAAAUUCCGUAGCUUACAAAGUAAUAUUUUUUAAAUUACAAGUUGCAUGACUGAGCAAUCGCUUUGGGGUGGGGGAGGCUGGGCAGGCGAGGAGGAGGGAAAUCAGUUGUCUGCUUGAAGCUUACAACUAAUUUUCUACUGUUGCAAAAGUAGAACAUACUGUGAUAGGAUCAUAAUUAGGACCUGAAUAUUUAACAUCACCAUUUACAGUCUCUGUUUGCUGCUGUUUUCAGAACCUAUUUCAUAUAUCCUGUGAGCUACAUACUCUGAGGUGAAACUUAAUUAUCCUUUUAAUUCCUCUUUGAAAUCCUACCGUGCACCCUCUUCACCUUCUUCCCCUUGCUUUGUGCUAAUGCUGAUGAAAGCCUCUCCCUUAAUUAGAUGGCAAAUGCCAUAUGUGAUGAGCACUCUUUUCUCCAAGAACAGUUUGUUGUUUGUUUCUUUUAAAAAUUAGUUUCAAAAGAGAAGACAAAACUGCUAUUUCUGUCUUCGUGCAUUUGGCCAAGUCUAGUGAGCAUAUUCUGCAGUCAUAGUUUUGGCCUGAAUCUUGCCAUCUUCCAUCUUGUGGCCAUAGGCCAUUGACUGAUCUGAAGGCAGAAACACUUUAAAUGGCAUAUACUGAUGGAGCUUUGAUGGAAAGCUGACUUUCAGAAUCAGCUGGGCUACCAUGAUGAGUGUACCAUUGACUUUCCUUGUCAAUUUCCAGGAAGAUAGCCAUAAUUUUAUUAUUGCUAAAACACACAGGAGAAGAAGCACAACAAGGUGGAUAAAGUAAGAGCUAGGUUUAAGACCUGCCUCUGACACAUACUAGCUGUGUAAACAUGGGCAAAUCCUUCAACCUCUCAGUAAUCCCAGGCAACUCUUUAAAACUAUACAUUAUAGACAAGUUGCCAAUCUGCAUUAGUGCAAGGAACUUCCAUACCGGAAGCAAUCAACACUGAGGAAAUUGUAGGUUUGGACCAAAAAAGAAAGAGAGAGGAGAGAGAACCAAACCAGGAUAUGCCUGUGUCGGUGAAGUCUUAAUUGCUAAUAAUUUUGUCUGACUCUGUAUAUAUAACUUAUUACAUUGUACAAUCUAAAUACAUAAGUAAGCUAAUA